GACGAAAACACGUGUGUUUGCCAGAGGAGGGCCACCUGCAUUAUGUACCAUUACCCCGUGUUGACAGAUGCCUUCAGUAACUGUUCCUUUGCUCACGUACAAAACGUAUUUGGUAAUCGUGGAGCAGAGUGCCUCUACAUGACUGACAUAGUGUAUACUAAUAGAACCUACUCAGUCGCUCGAUGUGGAGACAAUGUGGUGGACGAAACGGAGCAGUGUGACUGUGGCUCCUUCAAGAGGUGUUACAAUGACCCGUGCUGUAAAAGUGACUGCACGUUUCCAAGAGGAAGCUCUUGUGACACAGGCAGAUGCUGUGUAAACUGCACCCAAGCCGCCCCGGGGGUGCUCUGCAGACCAAUCCAGAACAUUUGCGACCUUCCGGAGUACUGCACGGGGAGCGGCUUCCAGUGCCCCGACGACUUCUAUCUGCAGGACGGAACCCCGUGCACCGAGGAGGGCUACUGCUACCACGGGAACUGCACGGACCGCACCAUGCACUGCCAAGAAAUCUUUGGCGAAGGCGCGCUGAAGGGUCCAGACAGCUGCUACAGCAUAAACGAACGAGGCCACCGAUUUGGACACUGCAGACGAGCAGCUAUGCUUUUCCAGCCCGAGGCUUGCGGCCCCUCGGACGUUCAGUGUGGACGGCUGCAGUGCACCAACGUCACGCAUCUGCCCCAGCUGCAGGAGCACGUCGGAUUCCAUCAGUCCCUGAUAUCGGGGGUCUUGUGCUUUGGGGUGGACCUUCACCGUGCGACAGAAACAACUGAUGUGGGUCUCGUGAGAUCUGGCACUCCGUGUGGCAGGGGAAAAUUCUGUCUCAAUACCUACUGCAAUGGCAGCAUAUCUGCAAUAGUAUAUGACUGUUACCCUUCGAAAUGCAGUCACAGAGGAGUUUGCAACAAUGCAAAGAACUGCCACUGCCACGUAGGCUGGGACCCUCCAUCGUGCUUGCACAGGGGUGCCGGCGGGAGUAUCAACAGCGGACCCCCUCCGAGUAAGAUGCGGAGAGUAUCACAAAAUAUAGAAACGGUGGUGUAUUUGCGAGUGGUCUUUGGUCGCUUGUAUGCCUUCCUAGCUGCGAUCCUCUUUGGAGUGGCCACAAACGUGAGGACGAUCAAGACCACCGUAGUCAACGUAGAGACGGCUGAGGAAAAGUAAAUAAUAAAUCAGCCUCCCGACCCGUGAACAACUGUCGGUAACUUAGAUGGAACAACUGUAAAAAACGUCAUCAUUACGAAAUGGCAGAGCUGAGGCCACAUUUCUAGGACUCUGCCGGA